GCCUGAACCUGAACUUGAACCUGGACCUGAAUCUGGGCUAGGGCUGCCUGGCGUAGAUCAGAGAGGCGGGUGCGGGGCGAAACGGCAGGGCGGACGGGGCAAGGGUGCCAGGGAGUGGGUUGGGUUGGUGAGGCGAGACUGACAGGGCGGGGCGAGACAGGGCACGCCAGUGCAAGGCAGGGCAGGGUUGUGGCGGCUCGUUCCGCCGACGGAAGGGCGCCGCCCGCGCUGUGUGGGUGCUUGGGCUCUGGUUCUUGGUCUUGGUCUUGGUCUUGGUCUUGCGCUCAUGCUCAUGCUCUCGAGUGAGUGAUUAAGUGAGCAGAAGGUGACAGCGAGCAGCAGGCAUGGACGGGGAGGGCAGACAAGCGUGGCAGGACAAGACAGGGCAAAGCAAAGCAAAGCAAAGCAGGGCAGCGCAUCAACAUCAUCAUCAUCUUUAUCUUCUUCUUCCUCCUUCCCUUCCCUUCCCUUCCCUUCCCUUCCCUCCCCUUCCUUCCGCGUAUUACCCUUCCUUUGUACCUAUUCCAUGGAGGGCUUGCGGCGCUAUGAUUGGGCUGGUCACGAUCGAGAUAUAUACCCCCGGGGGCGGCAGAGCUGAGACUCGCGUGCUUGUUUGUUAUAUUGGUUUGGUUUUACUUACUUACAUAUAUGCAUACAUACUUAUAUACAUAUAUAGGAGGUGGGUGCUUGCUUGCUUGCUUGCCUGGUACAGUAAUGUGGCUUCUUUUUAUUGUCUUUUCUUUUUCUUUUGUCUUUGUCUUUCUUUCGUAGCAGCAGCAGGCGGGCAGCGCCAGUACCGUGCCUAGGUAUUGGUGUUGGGUGUUCACGUAUAGUAUAGCACACGCACGCACGCACGCGCGUAUGCAUGCUUGCCCCUCUAUCCAUCUAUCCAUCCAUCCAGCCAGCCACCUGG